CCGAAGCAGAAGGUGGCGGUAAAGCGCACGCCUUCGGAUUGGUCCAGCCUUGCCACCGCGGAAGUAUCAAUCCGCUGUCUCCUAAACAUCAGCCGUCGUCGGAGCAAAACAAAAUGGCAUUGAGAGCUGCAUUGAGGAACAAGUGCGGUUUAUCAAGUCUUCUUCUUUCCCAGCGGAUCUCCUGCAGCAGUCAUGGCAGAGUGUGUGUGUCUCCUGUCCUCGUCACUCAGCGGAGGAACAACUCCACCUCGCCUAAAAUCAAAGUGGAUUUUGACCAAAGCACAGGUGUGGCGGUGAUGCACAUGCAGAGUCCGCCGGUCAACAGCCUCAGUUUAGAUUUCCUCACAGAGUUCUGCAUCGGCGUAGAGAAGCUGGAGAUGGAUAAGAGCUGCCGAGGCCUCAUCAUCACCUCGAGCCAACCCAAGGUGUUCUCAGCUGGGCUGGACAUCAUGGAGAUGUAUGGCAAGAGUCCAGAGCGCUGCGGAGAGUUCUGGAGAGCAGUUCAGGAGAUGUGGCUAAAAGUCUAUAGCUCCAACAUGGUCACUAUAGCUGCAAUCAAUGGUUCCAGUCCUGCAGGUGGCUGUCUGAUGUCUAUCACAUGUGACUACAGGAUAAUGGCGGACAACCCUCGUUACAGCAUCGGCCUUAAUGAGACGCAGCUCGGCAUCGUAGCACCUUUUUGGUUUAAGGACACCAUGAUGAACACAGUGGGCCACCGAACCACAGAGAUAGCUCUGGAGUUGGGGCUGCUCUACAACCCUUCAGAGGCCCUGAAGAUAGGACUGGUAGACCAGCUGGUACCUGAAGACCAGGUCCUCACCACAGCCACACAGACCAUGACCAAGUGGUUGGCUAUUCCAGACCACGCCAGACAGAUCACCAAGUCCAUGAUGAGGAAGCCAACCAUCGACAAGCUCACAUCCAACAGAGAGGCAGACAUCCAGCACUUUGUCAACUUCAUCACCAAAGACUCCAUUCAGAAAUCGCUCCGCAUGUAUCUGGAGAGUCUUAAAAAGAGAAAGGGCUAGACGAGAGCGGGAAACGUAUAAAAUGACACACAAACAUAUACACGCAUUAGAGGGACUUUUUUUGAAAACACAUCUGCCUUCAGUGUCAUGUGUUCAUUGGUGUCAACCAGCAAAGAACCAUGUGUACCAUAAAACUGUGAUCCUCUCUCACCAGUGUCCAAGCUACCUCGUGGUCACGUGGCCACGGUGGGGGUGGCCAAGUGCAGUAGCCUACAUUACAUUCAGUGUCAAGGAACAGACAACCACAUGAAAGUCAAAACUCAACGCUAAAAUGUAUUAUUUUUGUCCAUGAAGUCAACUGUCUGCCAUUAAGAAAAAUAAACACUGAUUGACUGUG